CUUAACCGUUUGAGAGAAACGAUCAAUGGCUUCUACUCAAAGUUCAUACGCAGGUUUAGGUGAAGGGCAAUCCACCACAAGGCCUCUAUUGUUUGACGGAACAAACUACACCUAUUGGAAGGAGCGGAUGAGGAUUUACAUCCAAUCCACCAACUUUCUCCUUUGGAGAAUUAUCAAAAAUGGUGAGAACAUGCCAAUGAAGAAGGUCGAGGAAACCAACGUCCCUAAGACCGAGGAUGAAUAUAUAUGAUGCGCAAGACAUCAAGAAGGUGGAAAACAAUGCCAAGGCCAUCAACAUCAUCUAUUGUGCCGUUAACCCGGAUGACUACCGGAAGAUUUCUUGUUGCACCACCGCAAAGGAAAUGUGGGACAAACUAGAAAUCACCUACGAAGGUACGGAUCAAAAGACGUACACGGACAAGGAGCUUGUGAGAAAAAUCCUGCGAAGUCUCACACCGGAGUGGCGCUCCAAAGCCGAUGCCAUUCAAGAGUCCAUCGGCAUCACCAACGUCACCAUUGACGGACUUAGAGGUAACCUCAAAACCUAUGAGUCCACGAUUCUAUUCCCCUCUUUAGGUGAACAAAAGAAGAAGGGGAUUGCACUCAAGGCUACCUCAAGCCAAGAACCCGCCAUGGAAGAAUCAAGCGAUGAGGACAACGAGUUCGGGCUCGUCAUCAAAAAAUUCCACAAGUUCAUGCGAAAAGAGUAUGAACGAAAGGGCAAAAAGCAUGGAGGACCACCCAAGUGCUAUGGGUGUGGAGAAGUUGGGCACAUCAAGCCAAAAUGCCCAAACGCCAAAAACGAGAAGGAGAAGAAACCGUUCAAGAAGCACCGAGCUUACAUUUCAUGGGGAGGUGAUUCCGGCGAUGAGUCAUCGGAAGGCGAAGAAAAUGAAAGCGCCAACCUCUGCCUCAUGGCACACGAAGAACCACCGGAAGAG